AAACCAUAAUUAAAAAUGUAAAAUAAAGAAAAAAUUAGUAGUAAGGAGUACAAGUUGUGGACUGAAAUAUGAGACCGGUUCUUUGUCUUAAGCCUCACUUAAACCAUUCUCUUUCUCUAAAUCCACCCUCUACCUUCAGCUCUCUUCUUGGUUCGCCGCAGAGCUUUAGCUUUUACGAUGGACUGCUUAAGUCCUGCUAUGAUUUGCCUUCGCUCCAACAGAUACAUUCUUCUCUUACUACUUCGGGAAUCAUCUCCAACAACCCACAUUUGUGCGCCCGAAUCAUCAUCAAAUACGCCCAAUUUGGAAAAGUCAACAGUUCUCGUUUGUUGUAUGAUGCUGAUAAAACCAGUUCUUUUCUUUGGAACACAAUGAUACGGGCAUAUGCAAAUGGCGGUCACUCUGUUGAAACACUGGACUUGUAUUCUCUUAUGCGGAGAAAUGGAAUUUCCCCUGAUAGUUACACUUUCCCUUUUACUCUUAAAGCAUGCGCUUCCAGAUCAUUGAUUCUAGAGGGGGAGGUUGUUCAUGGGGACGCCAUCAAAACUGGGUUCUCUUUGGAUUUGUAUGUUGAGGCCGCCUUGGUUGAUAUGUAUGCCAAGUGUGGCCAAAUUGAUGCUGCUCGCAAGGUUUUCGAUGAAAUGCCCAUGAGGGAUACGGUUUGCUGGACUGCCAUGAUUACUGCAUGUGAACAGGCUGAGCUGCCUGAGGAGGCAGUUGUAUUGUUCCAAAAGAUGCAACAGGCGGGUGUUUUUGCGGAUGCUGUGUCCAUAGUGAGUGUUGCUUCUGCUGUUGCUCAGUUGGGAGAUACCAUGAGGUCACAAAUGAUUCAUGCUCAAGUAAUUUGCAAGGGGUAUGUUAUGGAUGUCUCUGUUGGGAAUGCAGUUAUUUCUAUGUAUGCAAAAUGUGGCAAUGUGGAUAAGGCACGUCUGGUAUUUGAUUUAAUGGAGGAAAGAGAUGGCAUCACAUGGAAUUCUAUGCUUUCUGGCUAUUCUCAAAAUGGACAAGCAAGCGAAGCAUUGAUUCUUUUUGAUGAGAUGCUGGACCUUGGGCAUAAGCCUAAUCCAGUGACGGUACUGAUCAUGGUUUCUGUUUGUGCUUAUCUGGGUUACAAAUAUCUUGGAAGGAAGUUCCAUGAUUUUAUAAUUGAUAGCAGAAUAAAAGUCGAUGCAAAUCUUCAAAAUGCAUUGAUGGACAUGUAUGCUAAAUGUGGGGAACUAGACACUGCUCUGAAUAUGUUCAAUGAUAUUCAUCCAAGUGAAAGGAAUGUCACCUCGUGUAAUGUGCUGAUUUCAGGAUAUGGCACUCAUGGAUUUGGGAAAAAGGCACUAGAACUCUUCUCACAAAUGGUUCAGGAAGGUAUUGAGCCAGACCAUAUGACUUUCACAUCUCUUCUUUCCGCCUGUAGUCACGCAGGCCUUAUUGAGGAGGGUAGGAAAUGUUUUGUAGACAUGAAGAACUUUGUAACACCCUAUGUUAAGCAUUAUGCUUGCAUGGUGGAUAUGCUUGGCCGAGCUGGACUUUUAUAUGAAGCCUUUGAUUUGAUUAGGCAGAUGCAAUCUCCUCCAAAUGAUGACAUCUGGGGUGCUUUGUUGUUGGCUUGCAGAAUCCACGGGAACACUGAAUUAGGGGAAAUUGCUGCAAAAAAUCUAUUCCAGCUUGAGCCAGAGCAUGCUGGUUACUACGUGCUAAUGUCAAAUCUAUAUGCAGCUUCAAACAGAUGGCAAGAAGUAUGGAAAUUAAGGGAACAUAUGAAGAAAAGGAGAUUGAGAAAAUAUGCAGCAUUUAGUGUGAUUGAGUUCAGUAGAGAGGUUCACGGCUUCCACACGGCUGAUCGAGUGAAUCCAUUCUGGCAGGAGGUUCACAGGAAGAUAGAGAGCUUGCAAGUUGAGAUGAAGAUGGCUGGAUAUGUGCCGGAUCUUUCGUGUGUCCUACACGAUGUGGAAGAGGAAGACAAGGAGCACACUCUAAAAUAUCACAGUGAAAAACUAGCUGUAGCUUUUGGCAUCAUGAAGACUGACCCAGGCCUAGCAAUUCAGGGGGAUCGCUUUAUACCCAAUAGAAGUUUAAUGGAUCUUGAUCAAGCCCAUGGCUUGUUGACUAACAAUACCAGAGAAUUCUAUACUUCGAAAUACAGCGAUUUAUAUAGACAGAAACUGGUUGAGAAUCUUACUUUAGAUUCCGAAGGGAAACCAUUUAGGAUGUUAGUUUUCAGGGGAAGCCCAAAAUCAAGCCAAAAGUCUAUUCGUCUUGUUGAUGAAAUGAGAAGUGAGGAGGUAAUGGAUAAAAAAGGGAACAGUCACCGAUCAUUUCCGAAGGGAGAAGUGAGGAUUCUGGAUGCGCCGAAUCUUAGAAAUAACUUCUACUAUAACACCAUUGAUUGGGGGAUGAACAACAUUCUCUCUGUUGCUUUGGGUCGGACUGUCUACCUUUGGCACUCGGAGAGCAACCAUGUGCAGAAGCUGUUGCAGGUUGAUGAUGAGAAUGAUCAUCCUACCAGUGUGGUCUGGUCUCAGGAUGCCAGAACCCUCGCUGUUGGACAUUCCGGCUCUACACUUCAGCUAUGGGAUGCUGAGACUUCUAAACUAGUUAGAAGCCUAGAAGGUCACACCAAAAGGGUUGCAACCGCUGCUUGGAAUGGCCACAUUUUAACAUCAGGAAGCCAUGAUAAAUCCAUUAUCAAUCAUGAUGUUAGAGCAAGAAACAAUUGUGUUUCCCGUAUAAAAGCACACAAAGAAGAAGUAUGUGGUUUGACAUGGUCAAGUGGAGGCAGUACAUUGGCAAGUGGAGGCAAUGAAAAUCUGAUAUACAUAUGGCAAGCUUCAAAAAUGAGUUCAUCCGAUUUUUUGCACAGAUUUAAUGAUCAUUGUGCUGCUGUCAAGGCCCUGGCAUGGUGCCCAUAUCAGUCCAAUGUACUUGCCUCUGGAGGAGGCACAAACGAUGGGUGCAUCAAGAUAUGGAAUACACAGAAGGGAUUCUGCAUUAACACCAUAGACACCAAAGCUCAGAUUUCUGGGCUGGUGUGGAACAGACAUCACAAGGAGAUCAUGAGCGGCCACGGUUUUGGGACAAAUGGGCAUCAAAACAAGCUAUGCUUGUGGAGGUAUCCUUCCAUGAGGAAAUUGAGAGAAUUUGGUCCUCAUGACUCCCGAGUUAUCAACCUUUGCCAGAGUCCCGAUGGUUUAACUGUGGUAUCAGCUGGUGCGGAUGAGACACUUCGCUUCUGGGAUGUUUUUGGACCCCCAGUUGAUGAAAAGUCUACAGUUUCAGAACUUGAUGGCCUUUUGUCUUUCAAGACAUCCCUAAUAAGAUGAUGGCUCUGUAUUUAUCUGGCUUAUACACAGAAAGGGUGGAGCAGAAGAAGAAAUUUCUUUUCCCUAG